CUCGAGUACAAAGCCUGAGGAGCACAGACACGAGAGCUAGACCACCUCCCCCUCAUCGCACAUCUGAAUUCCGAUGAUCUCAUCACACUGAAACUCACAACUCAUCCAACUCACGACGUCUGCAGAAUGGCCUCACUAUUAGGUGCUGUGCGCCGCAACUGGACCAUGUUCAGACAGCCGCUCGCGCCAAAGAAGGACGACGCCCUCAAGUUCGGCAUCCUGGGCGCCGCCAACAUCGCCGACAUGGGCUUCAUCACCCCGUCCAGGAGCCACCCGGACAUCGUCGUCUACGCCGUCGCCGCGAGGGAUAAGAGCAGGGCCGUCGCCUAUGCCAAGCGCCACGGCAUCCCCGAGGUCAGGGACAGCUACCAGGCAAUCCUGGACGACCCGGCCAUCGACGCCGUCUACAUCCCCACCCCCAACGGGCUGCACUUCGAGUGGGCGCUCCGGGCCCUGGCGGCGGGGAAGCACGUCCUCCUCGAGAAGCCGAGCACCUCCAACGCCGCCGAGGCCGAGCUGCUCUUCCGCUCGCCCCUCCUCGCGCAGCAGCACCCGCACGGCGGCCCCGCCCCGGUCCUGAUGGAGGCCUUCCACAGCUUCUUCGCCCCCUCGUGGCGCCUCUUCUUGUCCGUCGUCGACCGCCCGACCCUGGCGCACGCCCGCGCCCGCGCCGUCGUCCCCUCCUUCAUCGCGAGGGACGACGACAUCCGCUUCGACUACGGCCUCGCGGGCGGGUCCGCCAUGGACGUCGGGACGUACGCCGUCGCCGCCGUGCGGACGGCGCUCGGCGCCGAGCCCGAGGAGUGCGUGCGCGCCGACCUGGUCCCCAUGGCGCCGCCGCGGGGGCGGUGCGACGGCAUGUUCGGCGCGCAGUUCCGGUUCCCGGGCGGCGUGGUGGGCGAGGUCGAGGGCGGGCUGCGGGGGUCCAACCUGCGCCUCGAGUGGCCGACGCUUACCGUGCGGCACCGGGCGGUCGUCGUCGAGCCGGCGGGCGGCGGGGACGAGGGCGAGGGCACGGAGACGAGGCGCACGCGGACGGUCGUCUUUGUCAACUUUAUGUUCUCGCCUGUCUACCACCGCGUCGACGUCGAGGACGAGUUCGUCGUCGCCAGGAGGGGCUCUGGCGAGGAGGUGCGCAGGUAUGUGAGGAGGGAGACCAGGAAGGCGUACUCGUUCCGGGAGAUGGGCGUCGACGGGCCCGGCGAGGUAUACUGGCCCACGUACCGCUACGAGCUGGAGGAGUUUGUCAACCGGGUCCGCGGGCGGCCCGGCAACGGGACGUUCUUCACGCAUGAGAACAGCAUGGCGCAGAUGAGGGCCUUGGACAUGAUGUAUGAGAAGUCUGGGCUGGGGCUGAGGCCCACGAGUGAGUAUAGGCCGUGAGAGGCAUGUCGUGGAGUAUAGUUAAUAGAGUGGUAAUGGAGUGUCGUUCACAG